UUUUUUUCCUCCGUUAGUUGAUAGUUUUCAUACUUUAUCCUUAGUGACCCUAGUCAUGUUUUGCUAAUGUCAGGUUGGUCCUUUCACCAGCUACUGCCUAAACUACUUGUAAUGCCCAGAGAUACUGCCAAGGAUUAAUUUUUGUUGUAGGGAGGAUAGUUUGAGCUAUUCUCAGUUCUUAAAAAUUCUAUGGAAGUUUUCACCCUGUUCUGUACGUACCAGAAGUUAUUCUUACUAGUUUAGGUAUUGAUUCUUUACAUAGGGCCUUUUUAAUCAAAAGUGAAAUGAGAUCAAGUUGUUCAGUGGUUUGUUGUCUUCUAAACUGUUUUUAGUUGAUAGGUUUAGGAAAACCUCUGAAUUCCUACAAAGAGUAUACAGUACAGCCUUUGAAUACUUGAUGUUUAAAAAGUGGUAUUGUUACAUGCAAUCAGGGAACCUUGAAGCUUUUGCAGCCUCCUAGUUCCUGUGAAGCAAUAUUGUUUUCAAAUAAUCUCAGUUGUGGUAUUGCUUUCCUUUUAUUUAUUUUUACUGUUUUCUUCUGCUGCUGAUUUAGAAGCAGAAUAAAAUACCCUUAAUUUUAACCUGAGAGUCCCCUAAAAUGAUAUUUAUCAACUUGAAGUUCUUUCAAGUAGGUCCUGGAGUAGCUAAGUCUAUAUUUCUCUUUUCUUCUGGCUAUAUAUUGAGAGUGGUGUUGGUAUUAGAUUAGUAUAUGUGUUAUGUGUUUGUUUUACAUAAAUAGUUUAUUUUGACAUGAAAAAUUUAUUUUAGAGCAAAGGUUCAUUUGGUUCCCAUAACUGUCUCCUAAUUGUAUGCUUGUCAAAUUUUAAAAUUCAAACAUAGUAUCUCUUUUUCUAUAACCUUGUAAAAUUUUGGCCAUCUAAAACUUGUUUUAUGAUGUAACUCAGCUUUUAUGCUGUUACUCAAGUUAUGUAUGUUUUUAAUAGUUUGUAUCUGUACCAAUUCUCUGUCCAGUAUCCUUUUGCAAGUUUCCACACAGUGGGAAGAAACCCUGAACUUGACUCAUGAAGUACUGGGCAUUCAAAGCAGUGGAUCCUUGCAAAGGAUCUUGGGACUAGACCUCUGUGAAUUGGCUCUUUCAAUUUGUCCACUUAAAAGGCAUAAUAGAUUAUGCAGCUGUUUGGGCUUCUGCAGGGUUUUACUCCAUAUUCAUGUCUAGUUACAAUUAUGUGAAUUUUCAGUUUCUUACAAAGACUUCUCUUUGUAUUCAAAACAAGUUUGUUGGCCUUAUGUUGUUCUGAUACAUGAAUUUUCUUUGAGGAAAAAUGCUUGCAAAAUUUUGAACUUAGAAAACUAAAUUUCAAUUAAAAAUUCUUGCAUAAAGUUACUGAAAGUAUAUUUUAUGGAGGAACUCCUCUAAUUUGUUUUAAUUUUAAAUUUGUUUUCAUCAGUCAGUUUUUGGUGGAGGUAUUAUUUAAAUGCCAUUCAAUCGGAUAAUGAUUAAUGUUAGAGUAAUAGUGGGCCACACUGCUAAAAACAUAAACAGUUCUAAUUAAACGUAAUAAAAUAUAACAGAUUUAGUAAUGUACAAAGUGACUACACUUUUUUGUUGCAAAAAUCAGGUCUUUUUUGUUGAAAAAUCAGAAUUUCUCUAGAAUUUCUGUAGUAAAAACAACAUUUAAUAUUAACUGAGUAUUUUAAGAGGAAUAUACCUUCAACUGUACCUUAGGGUUCCCAUGCGACCUUAAAGUAAUACUUAAGUAGAGUGCAAAAUAGUGUCUACCUUUCACAUUAAAAAUAAUAAUAAUUUUAGAAAAAAGAAACCAUCCCAAACUUUAUACCUGAACAUGUUCAUUAGAACAAGUUGCCUUUUCCUUUUUUAAGUAUCCAUUUGCAAAGGAUAAGCAUUAACCUUGCAGAACACAUUGUCAGACCCGUACCCAUGUGGUAGCAUAGAAAUAAUAUUUCUGCCUCAUUUUUUUCUUCAGUUUUAAGUAGAAGUAUCAAUCUUUGAUGUCAUUGAAAAUUUUACUCCGUUCCUGUGAUACUGAGAUCAGGUGGAUUUGAAAGCUUAGAAGUAAAUCCUUUGCAUUCAGUAUUUUCGUGCUAUAUAUUUUCACUUAAGUUGUGGUCUUAUGUUUAAGUCUUAGAGAAAAUACUGUUUUGUUGUUCUUAGCAAAAUUUUGCAAUGGAUUUUUUGUUGCCGUUUUAAAAUUUUCAUACAAAAUAUGAACUCUGUUGAAAAAGGAGUCUUUGUAAAGCAUAACUUCACCUUCAGGUUCUCUAAAAAUAUCACUUGAUUUAGUUUAAAAAGCAUUGUAUUUUAAACAGUUGGUCACUGAACUGCAAAUUAGUGCUUCUUCUGUGAGGUUUUUUUUUGCAAUUAGUUGGUUUAUUUAUUUUUUGUCCAGACAAAAGAGUAAGCAAAUAGUAAAUGAUAGGAAAACUGAAACAUUACCUACUGUUUCUUUAAGAAACCAGCUUAUCCAGGGGGGGGUUAGUGUGUUUAACCUAACCUGCUAGCAAGGAAAAGUUCUUUAAAAUAAUGGAUAUUAGCUGUAUCCAAUCACAAUUAUCAGUUUCACUAACAGGGAGGAGAUUUUACUCUUCAGCCACUAGAAUUAGAGAAGGUGGAGCUUGGUAUUCAGGUUUGGUUGCUUUGGAGUACAGCUUCAAGUGAAGUUAAUCUGAGGUGAAGCAAACAGAAAAUUGUGGAGGUUUUGUUGGUGUGCAUCAGAGGAACAUGGCUCAAGAAACUAAUCACAGCCAAGUGCCUAUGCUUUGUUCCACUGGCUGCGGAUUUUAUGGAAACCCUCGUACAAACGGCAUGUGUUCAGUAUGCUAUAAAGAACAUCUUCAAAGACAGAAUAGUAGUAAUGGUAGAAUAAGCCCACCUGCACCUUCUGUCAGUAGUCUGUCUGAGUCUUUACCAGUUCAGUGCACAGAUGGCAGUGUCCCAGAAGCUCAGUCAACGUUAGACUCUACAUCUUCAUCUUUGCAGCCAAGCCCUGUACCAAAUCAGUCACUUUUAUCAGAAUCUGUAGCAUCAUCCCAAGUGGACAGUACAUCUGUGGAUAAAGCAAUACCUGAAACAGAAGACCUGCAAGCUUCAGUAUCAGAUACGGCACAGCAGCCAUCUGAAGAGCAAAGCAAGUCUCUUGAAAAACCAAAACAAAAAAAGAAUCGCUGUUUCAUGUGCAGGAAGAAAGUGGGACUUACUGGGUUUGAAUGCCGGUGUGGAAAUGUUUACUGUGGUGUACACCGUUACUCAGAUGUACACAAUUGCUCUUACAAUUACAAAGCUGAUGCUGCUGAGAAAAUCAGAAAAGAAAAUCCAGUAGUUGUUGGUGAAAAGAUCCAGAAGAUUUGAACUCCUGCUGGAAUACAAAAUCCUUUGACCAUCUGCAAACUAAAAAUUGACUUGAGGUUUUUUUUCCUAGUCAUUGGGAAUGUAGAGCAAUGUAUCUUGCAUAGACCUUUUAAUCAUGCAUGUCAUCAGAAGAAUAGAUUUUUGUUUUUGUUUUGAAAAUGACUCUGAACAUUUAUUUCCAUUGCAGUUUCUGUGGCUGAAAAGACUUAAGUAAACUUUACAAGUAUUAUCCUUUUAAGAUCAUUUUAAUUUUAGUUGAGUGCAGAGGGCUUUUAUAACAAACGUGGAGAAAUUUCAGAGGGCUGUGAUUUUUUUCCAGUAUUAAACAUGCAUGCGUUGAUCUUGCAGUUUAUUUUCUCAUUGUGUAUGUAAAUAUAGCUUUUCUCUGCAGCACGAUUUCUCUUUUGAUAAUACCCUUUAGGGUACAACUAGUUAUCAGUAACUGAAUGUAUCUUAAUCAUUAUGGCUGCUUCUGUUUUUCAUUAACAAAGGUUAUACAUAUGUUAGCAUAUAGUUUCUUUGCACCCACUAUUUAUGUCGGAAUCAUUUGUCACAAGAGAGUGUGUGCUGAUGAGAUUCCAAGUUUGUGUGUUUUUAAUUUUUUUGAGCGAGGGAAGGAAAAGCUGUAUGCAUUUCAUUGCUGACUGCAGGUUUCUUUCAGGUUACGUUCAUCGGUCUGUGUGUAUACAAUAUGAAGAAUGAUCUGAAGUAAUUGUGCUGUAUUUAUGUUUAUCCACCAGUCUUUGAUUAAAUAAAAAGGAAAAAUAUAAUGUU